CAACAAACAGGUUCAACAGCUGGAAACAUCAGGACUGCAGAUCAAUCAUCAAUCAAUAAUCUGAUCUACACAUUCAACAGUCUGGUGUGCAGGUCUACAGAGACAGCAGGAGCGUGGACAUCAGGGUCAGGUGGUUUUAACGGCUGUUAAACGAUGAAUCAUUUAUCUGAGCGUCACAAACACAAAACUUAUUCUACGAUCAGAAUUUGAUCCAUUCGGUCGAACAACGUGUGAAAGAGCCGAUUGAUCGAGUGAUUUUCGUGUCGGGGACUCAGAUGGACUGAGCAUGCUCAAACGCCUGAACAACGUUCAGUGAAUUUCUCUUUUUAAAGGCGUUUCCGCCUCCCUUCGACAGCGGAGACACAGGACGACAUGCAGCACAGUCCGAGUCGGACUCGAACCCGGGACGCUGCGUGAGGACUCGCUGCACCAGGUGAGCUACGGGGGCACCGGGGUAUUUCUGAUAGAUUUGCUGGAAACGGUAUCUCUAAUGUUUUGUUAAUGGAUUUAGUUCAUGGAGUUUCAAAACAAAACUGGUACACUGAUGCCACAUCAGCUUCAUUUUCUAAUCCCAUAAACCGGGACUGAAGUACAGUUUUAAGGUACUUGUACUUUACCUGAGUAUUUCCAUUUUGGAAACUUUCUACUUUUCCUCCUUUACAUUAUUCUGUUGUGCCAAUGAAAAGAUUUUCUGCAGUACUGUUUUAAGACUAUUAGUUUUAGCUGUGUAUAAUACUGCUUCUCAGUCUGCAGCAUAAACACUACUUUUACGCGAUACUUUGAGUACAUUAAGCUGAUAAUAUUUCUGUACUUUUACUUAAAAUACAGUAAAAUGAAGCAACAUUUGAAUGCAGGACUUUUACUAACAGAAUCUUCUAAUAAUAAUGCUACUGAUGUUGUGAAGAUUUCAGUGGAUGAAGCGAGACCAGAACCUGAACAGGUCCGACAUGUUGCACGUGUCACGUUUUAUUUUUCCAGUUCCAAUAUAUUGACGAGUUUUAUUUGUUUAUUUUAUUCCGUUUCAUUCUCUGUACUUGAUUGUGUUCAGUUGUCGUGCUGAACAACUUUGUAACUUUAUUUUGAAGAGAUUCUAUAAAAUAAAAGUGUUUGUUUGAGAUUACCUGAUUAAAUAAAGGUUAUUUAUGAUUAUUACAUGUAGCAGCAGGAGAACAUAUGCUUCAGUCACACCUGAAGUGAGUGCACUCUACACUACACAACCAGACACACUCUGCUCUCUGAUUGGCUGCUUCACACCUGAGCCCAACCUGAGCUCCUCUGUGGUCUGAGGCUCAACAGCAGCAGGAUGAUGAAGUUGAUGAUGAUUACACACCUGUACACCUGUUAUUACUUGUGUCAGGCUGUGUGACACACACACACACACACACACACACAGGAUAUUGGAUGUUCAGGUAGUGUUGACAUUACAGUCAGCAGAUAACUGAGUGUGUGUGUGUCCUCUCAUCAUCUCAGCAGGUGACUGACAGGUGCACCACGGCAACGCUACCUCUGGAGACACACACACACACACACACACACACACACCUCCGUCCUCCGACUCUUCAGACUCAGAGCUGAUCAGACUCUGACGGUCUCGGAUCAGAUUUAAACGACGACUUUAAAAGAUGAAACCGAUCCCUGAUAUUGAUCACAGACUGGCUUUCGUCUGGUUUGACCUUUGACCUUUGCUCUGCUUCAUUUGACUCUGCUGUAAAGCUUUUCGGAGGUGAAAGGUAACUGAACUGAAGUGACAUGGACUUCUUUUCCACCAAACAGUUCCAGGAGGAGCAGCAGGACCCGAGUCUUUGUGGUCGGUGCUUCCACCUCAUGAAGAUUAAUUGCUUGACUAAUCAGCAGUGUUCAGCGCUCCAGACUCCACUCUGAUAGUUCCUGGGUCACUGGAGCGUUUAAGGGUGCAGGAACUUUUGGGGGCCAGGAACAGAUUAAGACCUUGGUCCCACCGGUGGAAACAUGGGGAAGGUUCCUCAGUGGCUGCUCACUCUGCAGGUUUUACUCUUACUCUGGACUUCUAAUGGUAUUUUAACAUUAGUGCGUUCAGUUCAGUCAUCUCACCGCUGUGACUCAUCAAACGUAAACUGAGCUGAUCACAUCUCUGUGCUGACCGAGGUCCAACCAACCAGCUCUGCAGGAUUUACUGUUUAUAUCAGAGACGUCUGGUGUCUGAAGAACAACAUGGAGGUGUUUCGACUGACUGAGUUUGAACUUUGACAUCAACCAGAGAGCCUGAUAAGUCAAACUCUGUAAAACAGGAAAAAGUCAAGGUGAAGCUAAAGUGAAAGCUGAAGUAAAGACAGUAGAAGUGGCAGUAAACACAUUGCAAAGAGCAAAAAGACCGGAAAAGAAGUAGUAAAGUAAGAAGAGGCUGUAAAGACUGUAGAAAAGGCAGUAGAGACAGUAAAAGCAGCUGUAAAGUCAGAUGAAGCAGCAGUAAAGACAGUAGAAGUGGGUGUAGAUACUGUAGAAAAGGCAGUAGAGACAGUAGAAGCAGCUAUUAAGUCAGUUGAAGUUGCAGUAAAAACAGUAGAAGCGGGUGUAGAUACUGUAGAAAAGGCAGUGAAGCCAGUUCCUGCUGCUGUUUAUACUUUAAUGGAUAUCUGAUGAUGAUACAACACAACACACACUGAAUCGUCCUCAGUGCGUUCAGGUUCAGCUCACCGCUGUGACUCAUCAAACAUCAGUUAAACACCAUGGUGACUGAGGUCCAACCAGCUCCUCAGACCAAAAGCUUCUGGAUUGACAGUCUGUUUAUAUGAGAGACUUCUGCUCAGGACUGGACCUCAGACUGAAGAACAACAUGGAAGAGGUUUGGAGUUAUCAGUAUCUGGUUUCUGAGGACGAUUCGAGAUCGAUUCGUUUUUUCUUUUUUUGUGCGAGAAAAACAGCAAUUUGAAGACUAACUUGGGCUUUGGGAAAUGUGAUGGGCAUUUCUUACUGUUUACUGACAUAUCUUGAAGGGGUAAGCAACUGCACUUGCUUAGAUGGGAAUAUACCGUGACCUGCAUGACUGAGAAUCUUCAGAGACUAUUUUCUGAUGUUCAACAGAACAAACAAUUAAUUGGUUGAGUGAAUAAUCUGCAUGUUUCGAAAUGAUUGGGUUUGAACUUUGGCAUCGUCUUGGAGGCAGACAACCAGCUUUUGUAAAAGAGGAGGAAGCUGAGGUGUGACGACCUGUUAAUUAAACAACUGUCCCCAAACAUCCUUCACUUGAAUCCUCAACAUCCCAGUCCGUUGGAACUUUUAUUCUGAAAAUCUGCCCCCAGGCUGAGAUGACAAGAAAGUCAAAAAUCUCCUGAGAGCUGAACUAAUGUAAAAACUGUACAGGGUUUGAUCAGAGCAGCAUUUCGAGUGGAAAUUAAAGGGAACUGCAGCUGAACACAUUUGGGUUUCUGCUGGUUCUGGACAAUAAGGUCUCAUGUAAAAGUGUCCUCAGAUGUCCUGUCUGUUCUGUGAUCUAAUUGUUGACGUACUUCCUGUCCCGUGAGUCCGUCUGAAGAUGGCAGACGCUCUGAGGACGCUGUACGCCGCUCUGAUGGUUCUGUCGGGUCUGGCCUCCGUCUGUGGGAACCUCCUCCUCCUGCUGGUGCUCCUCCUCAACAAGGAGCUCCAGACUGACACGCUGGGUCUCACCCUGAGCUUCAGCCUCAGCGACCUGGCCCUCGGACUCUCCACCAUCCCCUUUGGGGCCUACAACAGCCUGGCCUGGUCCUCCUGCUGCCCUAGCGAGGGCGCCUUCUGUCAGGGCAGCGGCUUCAUCUUCCUUCUCCUGCAGACCUCCUCCAUCCACUCACUCACCUGGGCCACUGUUGACAAGUUCACCGAGAUCUGCUUCGCCCUCAGCUACAGCAGCAUCUGGACGGCCGGGCGGAGCCGGGUGGUGCUGGUCUUGGUCUGGUUGUUCUGCUUAGUGAACGCUGCCCUGCCCCUGCUAGGGUUCGGCAGGUAUGUCUACAGCGAGUCACGAUUCCUCUGCUGCCCAAGCUUCACCCCUGACAACAGGUACUUCGUGGUCCUGUGGAUGUUGGCGGGCAUCGUUGCGCCGAUCCUCACUGUGUGCACUCUGUACGGAUACAUCGUCUACGUGGCCAGGAAACAGGCCAGGAGGGGAACGUUCAUGUGCAACGAGCUGCACUGCUAUUACGUUCCUGCCAACAAUUACCUGAGGAGCUCCAUCGUGAUGGUCACGACCUCAGUGUGUUUGCUGGUGUGCUGGCUGCCCUACAUCUCAGUGUGUCUGUAUGAGACGUUUAGCGGUCAACAGAGUCCUGCUGUGACCUCUGCCCUCUCCGCCUGGCUGGUUCUGAGCAGCGCCGCCCUCAACCCCUGGAUCACCUGUAUGACGCAGACCAGGUACAGGGCAGCAGUGCGUCGGAGUGUCGGCAGGUUUAUUCAGAUGUGUCCGUGUUCUCGGACGCCUCUGGAGUCCCGCCCCCAGAGGUCUGCUCUAAACCUGGACACAGCCAAUCACAUCAGCACAACGACAACAACACGCCGGCAGUCAUCACCAAAAACACCAACACCACCAGGAUCAACAUAAUAGCAACGACCUCGACAUCAUCAAGUCCAAAGACAGAAACACCUGCUGUAUCUGCAGAGACAAAUCAUCAUCAGACAGACCAGAGACAGUCACAAUGCACUGUGGGAAAUGUAGUUCAGCCUUCCAUUUCAGUUCAUGAUUGAAGACAUUCCUCCUCCAUAACAUUCAGAGCUUUGAAUCCAGCUGAGUUGACAGACAAAGGCAGCUAGUUAGUGAAAACGCAGCGCUUGCCCCUCCCUCAUUAACACCACCUUAACCCCAACCGCUCCAGUGGCCAGCAGAUCAGAGGUUGUACUGAGCAGCUUCCAGGUGUGAAUGUGUAACUGUACGAACGUGAUCAGGGCGAAAAAGAGAGCAUUGCUCUCAGAGAAACUGAUAACUUCUGACCAGCAGUGAACAGGCGCUGCUGAGGAGAGGAAUCAACACAGUGGGAGCCGAACAUUUCUCAGGACACCACUUUGAAAUGUGGUUAAAUGUGCAAACUGGUUCUGGUUCUGUAUUAAAAAAAAAAGUCUUCUCACAGCUGAGAGUUUUAGGAGAAACAGAGCAUCUCUGACUUCAUCAUAUCCAAAGAGUCUGAGCUCUGGUUGUAUAAUAAGUAAUAACAUAAUAAAUACUAUUAAUGGAUUUUGUGCUCGUUUCUUGUCUUGUGUGCCAGUCCAUUUUCAGGUUUUUCCCCCUGAUCUACAAAAGGAUAAAUAAAGUAGAAGUCACCUGACUGGGGUUGGAAACAGGUUUUCCUUACUGUUCCAACAAAAACUCACCUGUGACUGCAGCUAUCACUUGUGUUUUGGUUGAAUUUCUACAGCAGCAAAAUCAACUGAAACGUAUCUGACCUGAGCUGAUAGUUUGGUAACAUCAAUCAAUCAGCAGUUUCAGACUGAUCUCCGUCAUCA